AUGGAAUCGAAAUCUACAGGGAUUGUUCGGCAUUCACAAGGAGAGUUUGACAUCGUUAAGAUUUAUAGGAAGUUCUUAGAAGAUGAUCCUGAGAUUACCAUGCCAGUAGCUGCCAUCGAGGCUCUUGUACAGUUACUGUCGCGUUCACAAGCAAAAACAAUUUCAGAGUUUAUGGACAUUUUACAAAAUGGAUCCAAUGCGUUAAAGGCCGGCGUAGAAAACAACAUUUCCUUGUCUGCUGGUUGCGACAUAUUCCAACGUUUCGUCACACGUUCUUUGCAUGAUGUUGGGGAUUUUGAACAAUGUAAGCGUCACUUGGUGGAAAACGGGAAGCUGUUUAUUCAACGUGCCCGGGCUUGCCGUCAAACCAUUGCAAACCUGGGUUAUCCUCUAAUUCGUGAUGGAAACGUGAUUUUAACUCACGGAUUCUCUCGUGGUGUAGCAGCCAUCCUCUUAGCUGCUGCUAAGCGUCAUGUUCGAUUCAAGGUUUUUGUGACCGAAUCUCGACCCAGCGGAUCUGGUUGCCUCAUGGCGGACACACUCCGUAAAGCUUGUAUUCCAACUUGCAUGGUCCUUGACUCUGCUGUGAGUUUCACUAUGAAUCGCGUUGAUCUGGUGCUUGUGGGUGCCGAAGGCGUGGUAGAGAACGGCGGAUUAAUUAAUCAAAUUGGUACCUUCCAGCUCGCAGUAUUUGCCAAACAUGCUCAUAAGCCGUUUUAUGCCGUUGCUGAAAGCCAUAAAUUUGUUCGUAUGUUUCCACUUUCUCAAUAUGAUAUCCCUUUCAGUCGAUCUAUUCUUGAAUUCGAUGAUCCAUCUCCAGAAACACUGGGCCCCAUUCGCGAUCCAGUGCCGACGCCAUCAGAUGCUAUUCACAAUGAAUUAAUUAUGAAUGAAGAGCAAAUUAGAAAUAACCCUACGCUGGACGUUACUCCCCCGGAGUUUGUCUCUGGAUUAAUCACUGAUUUAGGAAUCAUAGACUCAAAGAGUGGUGUCAGUGAAGAACUCAUUAAACUGUACCUUUAAAGAAAAGUAAAUUCGCAUUUCAUGUUUAUUAAUCUGUUUGGGUUCUUUUUGGAUAGAUACUGGUCUUAAAAGGUGGAUGGAAUUUAUAUGCCCUUUGUAAGGUCUUUUACUGACAAAUAAUUGCAAAAGCGACGAGUGAGGGUUUUUUUUCAUAGUAAACAUGUACAUACGCUAUUCAAGCCAAAUUCGUUUCGACAAUUGAACUUGUCUGAUGUGUCCGGUUAAUGAAGUUUGGUAAAUUUAUUACUAUGUUUUUUUGUUUUUUUAAUAAG